AUGAACGCAGUAAAUUUUCUUUUCCCCUUAUUUCCUUGGUGACAUUUCAACUUUCUAACCAAUUCCUGAAAUUCUAUACUCCCUCUGUAUUCUUUUACAUGACGUUUUAUAGUUUACACACAAAUUAAGGCAAAUUGCUACAAAGUCAUUUCUAUCCUUUUCAGUAAUUGACCAUCAUCUAACGUAACACAUUAUUCCAUAUUGAAACUCGAGUUUGUUGACUAGAAAUAAUAACAUGAGGGUAAAUAACGCCAUAUCUUAUCAUAUUAUGCAUAGUUUUUUGAAAACGUCAAAUAUAAUGAGACAAAAAAAAGAGUCUAAAACGUCAUGUAAAAAGUCAUGUAAAAGAAUACGGAGGGAGUAGUAACUAUAAUUUCACCGAAGUUUUUUCAAUUAUUCGACAAUUUGAUGUCGUUCUGGUUCAUGAACCGUCAGGAAAAGUCGACACGUGUUGAGACAUAUGUCCUUUCUUCUAGAAUUCUGAAAAGCCUAACAACGAUGUGUAUCUAUCAGAGUUCUCCAUAUAUAAUUGAGCCCGGUACGAUUUAUCUUUUCAUGAAGCACUAACGUUGGAGUCAGAAAAGAAAAGGAAGAAGCACUAGCUAACGCUUCGGUAGAUAAAUCUAUUGAGCAAAAAGCCUUAAUAAUCAGGCUCAGACACGCGUGGAAGGGAAUGUCCCACUCGUGUGAAAUGUAUACGUGUUAGGAGAGUUAGGCAAGGCUUGAAUGAAAGAGUCAAAAGAGACGAAAAAUAAGAAAAAAAAAACUUCAUAAAAGAUAGAAAAUAUUGAACAAGUGUACAUACUACAAAGUUCUAACUAAUAAAAAUGGAAUGGAUACGUUAACUCGAGACACGUAUUGGAGAAUUAUAAAAUAUCCGGUUUAUAAUUAUACUGCUGAGCUUACACAUGUAGACGACACAAAUUAAUUAUCAAAAAAAUGCAUUUUCUAAUAAUUUUUUAUUAAUGAUGCUUUUUUCCUACUUUUGAUUCUUAUAUAUUGUAAGAAGAAUAUUGUUUAUCAUUUUUUUAAUUUGUAUUAAAUUAUAUUUCAAUCUUCAAAGAAAAUUAUGUUACUAUUUUGAUAAUGUUUUCGAAGUUUUAUUUCAAUAAUUGUCUCAUUUAUUUAUUUUAUUAUAGUUAUAAUUAGUUAAAAAGAGUGAUUAGGGUUUCGUUCACUCAAGAAAUACUAUAAAUGGCCUAAGAAGUUGACAAGUGAAAACAAUGGACCAUGCUGGACAGGUCACAACUCACAAGCCUUUAUAUAAAUACUACAUGUGACGCGCGAUUCAAAGAACUCGAUUCUUCUUCUUCUUGAUAAUUCUUUUCUCUUUUUAAAAUUAUUAUUCAAUCAUUUCGUUUUCGACUGCUUUUGGAUUUUAGAUUUUAGUGAACGUGGAGAAUUCUUGUUCACAGAGAGAGGGACAUGCUCACCCAUUUCUUUGUUAAGAAAAUCAUUAAAUAUUAUCAAAGAUACGACAAGUUUGGUUCAACGAUUUGCAUAACUGCGAAAUGUCUUGAUAAGAAACUCCGCAAUCGCUAUUCAGUAAGCGCAUAUUAUUCUUAUGAACUUGACAAAAAAGUCAAAAAAAAAACAUAUUAUAUAUAACGAUAUGGCUUUGGAGACAAUGAGGUAAAAUAGUCAAACCGUAACUUAAUUUGUGAUGAUCAUGAACUAAUUUAUUAGAUUAUCCCCAAAUAAACACCAAACGUAUAAUACAUUUUUUUUAUAAAAGUGAAGAUAAACAUCAUUUAUGUAUUUAUUUUAAAAUAAAGAAAUUCAAUUAUUAAAAGUUAAAAUAUAUGGACGCGUCUAAUAAGUAAUUAGUGAGUUCACUGAGUUGUACACACAGUAUCGCAUGUCGCUAAAGUAUGCUUUUUCUUUGUGAAGUUGCAUGUUUAUUAAAGCUUUUUUUUUUUUUUUUGCUAAGAAUGUUAAUAUCAUUAACUAGUAACGAAAGUGAUUACAAGUGGUGAGACUUGCAAUACAAAGAGCUUCAAGAAGCUAAUUUGGUUGUACAAGCUGCAAAAAAAAGCUAAUUUGAUUACAAGAAUGUUUAUUAAAGCUUUAAAGGAGAAAAGGUGAGGUGAUCACGAAGGUUUUAUCAAAAGAAAAAGAAAAAAAGGCAUGAUGCUUUAUAAAUGCAUCGCGUAUGACAUAUGUGUACAUGCAUAAUAAUUAGACAUCACUUAUAACUGAUUCAGAAUCUGGUUUGUAUAUAAUCCAUGGGUGACUAAUUGACUAUUCCGUUCUGAAUUUUAGGCUAUUCACAAAAACUGUAAAGUGGUCGAGAGAUCGAUGAUUUUAGACCGAUCUUUUUUUCGACUAAAUGACGGUAUAUUUAGAUAGUUGUAACUUCAGCACAAGCUUUCCAACAAUAAAUCCAUUACCUUUAGAUGCUAAAUAAACUUAAAACCUAAACUAAAAUUUCAUUAAUAGACUAUUCUUUUAUAA